CCGAAAACUCGCGAAUCACGGCGCAGCGUAACCAGAACCUUAAUUUGCGUGGGGCCUCUUUAAGUCCGGAGUCGCUUCCGGUAGCCUCGGCCCUACGGUGGGGUUUGCGUUCCCGGUGGUCGGCGUCCGUGCCUUGUGCUCGCCGCUAUGCCCGAGCCGGCAAAGUCCGCCCCCGCGGCCAAGAAGGGCUCGAAGAAGGCGGUCACCAAAGCCCAGAAGAAGGACGGCAAGAAGCGCAAGCGCAGCCGCAAGGAGAGUUACUCCAUCUACGUGUACAAGGUGCUCAAGCAGGUGCACCCCGACACCGGCAUCUCGUCCAAGGCCAUGGGCAUCAUGAACUCGUUCGUCAACGACAUCUUCGAGCGCAUCGCCGGCGAGGCCUCCCGCCUGGCGCAUUACAACAAGCGCUCGACCAUCACCUCCCGGGAGAUCCAGACGGCCGUGCGCCUGCUGCUGCCCGGCGAGCUGGCCAAGCACGCCGUGUCCGAGGGCACCAAGGCCGUCACCAAGUACACCAGCUCCAAGUGAGUCCCUGCCGGGACUCGGCGCUCGCACGGGUCGCCGGCCGCUUGACUCCAAAGGCUCUUUUCAGAGCCACCCACCUUCUAGGGGAAAGAAGCGGUUUUUCCCUAUUUCAAAAUGUUAUUUUUCCAUGCUAUUUAUUCUU